GCGAGGCGUUUUCAUUUGUGAAGGGGAUUCCAAAGGGUCCGUGAAGCGGCCCUCCAAAGGAGGCAUACAGAGAGUACCUGAGGACCGUUCACUACAUCUCCCAGGCGCUGCUGGAAGACAUGGCGACCCCCAGAGGUACAGCGUCCAGCCUUGCAGCUCCUCCCGUGCUGGGCAGACUGUGGACAGCUUAGCCUUUGAUGGGUCCCAGGCCUGGGGGUGUCCUGUGUCCUCUCCACCUGGUCAUUAGCAGAAGCCAUGGUGACGGCAGGGCCCAGCUGGAGCAGGGCUGUCAGUACAAGUGAAGUUGUGUCAGUGAGGAUAAAAAGCCCAGGCAGGUAGAGAGAAGACUCUGAUGGUCCAGCCAAGAGGACAGACAGGACAGCUACACACACCAGGGCCAGAAGAAGCAGAAACUGUACCCCCGGACACGUCAAAGAUGCUGAAGCUGGCGGAGCAGUGUCUGGAGAGGGCCCAGUCAACAGCCGCCAGACUUGGGAAAACACGCCUGAAGCCAGCCAUGCCUGUGGCUGCUCCUGCCCCCUCGCCUACCAGCCGACACCGCCGAGUGUACUCGGAUGAGGGAGGCAAGCUCUCUCCAUUUCUGCCACCUGAGAUCUUCCAGAAGCUUCAGGUGGUAGAGUCGCAAAGCUCUAAGAAGGAGCUGACACCCCUGGAGGAGGCCUCCCUGCAGAAUCAGAAGCUGAAGGCUGCAUAUGAGGCCCGGAUGGCCCGUCUGGACCCCAGCCAGGCCAUGCAGAAGACGUCCCUGACCCUGUCCCUGCAGCGGCAGAUGAUGGAGAACCUAGUGAUCGCCAGAGCCCGGGAGGAGACACUGCAGAGGAAGAUGGAAGAACGCCGGCUGCGGCUCCAGGAGGCUGCCAACAGGAGGUUCUGCAGUCAGGUCGCCCUGACCCCCGAGGAGCGGGAGCAGCGGGCCCUCUACGCCGCCAUCCUGGAGUAUGAGCAAGACCACGACUGGCCAAAGCACUGGCGGGCCAAGCUCAAGAAGAGCCCAGGGGACCUGUCACUGGUGACCAACCUGGUCUCCCACCUGCUCAGGGAAAUAGUCAGUCCUCUGAAAUCCCACCCGGCAGGGCCACGUUACAGCGUCCCCGACCACCCCAUCUCGCAGCUCCUGAGGAAGCUCCAGUGUGCGGUGUACCGGGCACUGUACCCCAUCGUGAGCAGGGGUGCAGGGGGCGCCACCUCAGCCCCUGGCUGCUGUUCCCUGCCCCCUGAUGCUGACGGGCUGCUGACUCCUGGAAGCCGGCGGCUCCGGCCCUCACAGAGCCUCUACUGCCUGCCUUCCUCCCCAGAGCCUGGCCCGGCCCCCAGCCCUGCUACACCCCCACCCUACCACGGCUCCCCAGACACAGGGGUGGACAGCAGCCCCUUGGGGCCUCCCUCACCCCUAGUGGACACCUCAUCCCACCUGCCAGGCAAGGACAGCUCCUUUGAGGACCUGGAACAGUUCUUGGCCACUUCUGAGAGGUGGGGCCGGGGCCCUGGGGGGCAGCCUGAGCCCCAGACCCCAGGGGUGAGGAAGGAGCCGUUGCCAGAGCAGCUGAAGUGCGUGGUGAAGGACAUACACGACGCCAUUGACAGGCUGCUCGCGCUGACCCUCCUGGCUUUUGAAGGCCUGAACACGGCCGCCUCCAAGGACCGCUGCCUGGCCUGCAUCGAGGAGCCCUUCUUCUCCCCACUGUGGCCCCUGCUGCUGGCCGUCUACAGGAGCCUUCACCGUCUCCGGGAGGCUGCCCUUGGCAGGAGCAUGGAGCUGUACAGGAAUGCCCCCCCGGCAGCCAUUGGUGUCCCCACCAAGCUCCUCCCACGGGACCCCGGGGCCGCAGGAGCUGGUGCCUACCCCUACUGUGCUGCAGCCCAGGAGCUGGGGCUGCUGGUUCUGGAGAGCUGCCCCCAGAAGAAGCUGGAGUGCAUUGUGCGGGCCCUGCGGGUCAUCUGUGCCUGCGCUGAAGGCUACUACCGGGACCAGGAGGCUGAACCCCAGCCCGGCACUGCCGCCAUGCACUGGGACCAUGGGUUUCUGCCGGCCGCCUGACCCAUCUCCACCAAGGACCCUGGGCUCCAGCCUCCGCAGGCAGCAUGUUGUCAUCCCUAGCUAGCUCAUCCGGUGAAAUUUAGGACUACUUGUCCCAGAAGUGCGUGCUUCCCCUCAGUCACACGCCUGGGGGAAGCCACCUCAGGCCCAGUGUUCCCUGCACUGGGUCCCCAUCCCUGGGGUUCCUGCCCCACCCUCCUGAGGUAGGGCAGAGGUCUUCCCCACCUGGGCCCUACCUUAGUCCUACCUGGACCCACUUGUGGCCAGCAGCCUUCUUCCUCAGCCCUGGCACCACUCGGGCUGCUGUCCUCUUAGCACCUGCUGGGGCUCUGCCUCCUGACCCCACCCCUGGGUCAGAGAGGGAGUCGCCUGGAAGGCCCCUGUCCUUGCAGCCUGCUGGGCAGGCUGUGGCGCCUGCCUGCACAGAGGCCUACAGGUGCGACAGGUGGGAGUCUCAGCUGAGUGUGAGGUCAGCAGGGAGGCACUCCUCCCACUCCCACCCCACCCCCAGGGCCAGGGUGCUGGGCCUCAGCUGCAGGGUCUGGCCAGGGAACCCAGCCAGGCUCUCAGCGGCUGCUUUCACCAUGUUGCCAUCUGGCUGUGGAGUGAGUUGCUGCCAGUGAUGGGGUUCCAGGGCUGAAAGUGCUUCCAAGUCCUGGCAGCAGCCCACACUAGCUUCCUCCCAGGGAUAUCCCAGGGGCCAGGGAGCAUACCUACAGGUGUGUGGUCCCUGGGGAGGAGGGGGCCAGGCCACCCAGAAGUCCCUGGGAUGUGAGGCUUCCCUGGUCAUCCGGUUCAAACCCCAUGCUUUGCCUCCGUGCUCACUGCAGAGCCCACUGGCUGUGAGGCCUUGGGCCAGGCUCCGAGUGUCCCUUAGGGCCUCCCUUGCUCACUUAGGUG